AUGUCGCGGAAUAAGCAACCACGUGACCAGCCGAGGCUCUUGAAAACGGCGAUCCACCACCACGCCACGACACGUAGUCAUUGCCACCGGACAACCUGGUGGUGCCGCACCUCCUCGGACAUCAUCUACUCCGCUGCUUCUACCUUAUCAGACAGUGUCGAGAAGCAGCUCACAGAACUUCCCGGGGAUUGGAAACCUCCCUCAGAGUCCCGCGCUCGGAAGAACUUUGCCUUUCUCUGCACUUUCACUCUCACAACAGCCAAAUCAUGGCUCGAGGUGAGAAAGGAAAGCAGCUGGCGGAAGUAUAAUGAUUGCUUGUGCGACGAGACGGUGGGUCUCCAUGUGGGCGUGGAUAUACCGUUUAUUCUAUUCUGUUUUACAAGCAUGUUUCGCAUUCGUAGCGAUCACUGUUUUUUUUGCAAGUAUGGCAUGCAUCCGGAAUCCACCACCUGGCGCUCAAAAUCUCGACGCCACUUCCAUGGGGUAUUGUGUUGCGCAACUAUACGCGUCGUUCCUGCUCUCCAUCAUAGGACUAUUUUGCUAGGCGUACUUCAGCAGAUCAAUAGAUUUGUAUGCCAUUUGUAAGAAGGACAACAAACCGCUCGAGUUAAGACGUGACAAUAUCUUGUAUCACGUCGGCUUAUUUCGCAUGGCGCAGUUCUUUCUUUCCUACUCUUUGGCAUUUGUCCUGGGCGCUCUUCUAUCAUCGCUCUAGGGAUGAAUUACAUUACCUCUCUUGCGGUAGUUAUCACGCUCUACAUACUCUUGGAUGCUGUAUAAUGUUACUUUCGCGUGUCUUUCAUUUGCUAGCGUGUGGUUCGGUAUUUUCGCCCAUUACAAAUUGUUUACAGAAUCGUGAUACUACCAGUGUGUGUUUCUAUCAUUACAUUUAAUUGAUUUGUGGACUUUGAAGCA